GACGGACUUCCUGGCGGAGUUGGCGCUGAUGAAGUCCCUCCCACCCCACGCCAACAUCAUUACGCUCCACGCCAGCUGUACAGCCCAUGGUAAGUACCGCAUCGGUCGGAGUGUGUGUGUUUGUGUGUGUGUGUGUGGGGAGCGGGGGGAGUUUUAGUAAAAAGAAUAUUGAUCCAAAAAUGCAUUAAAACGUUUGAAGAAGAUACACUAUGAUGAAUGGGUGUGCUCCGAAUACGGUUUCUAAUACCUUACAACGUCACAUCGUAUUGCGUAAUGUUACAAUGUUUUUAGACAAUGUCUUCGUAAAACAUAGCCUCUAAGCAUUUAACUCCGCGUACGUAUAGCAGUAGCACUGUGUUGGUAAGAACUUUCAUUCAAUUAAGUUCUAAAAACAUUUUAGUCCAAGUUAAGGUCCGUCUAUGCUGGCUCAUAUUAGUGACACUGUGACGUAGAGAAUUAUGCAUUGUGUUAAAGACAAAGUGGAGACUUGAUAUGCUUUUACAAAAAGGCUCGUUCAUCAAAUCUUUACCUGAAUAAUUUAAUACAAAGCUAUUUCUUGAUCUUACCAUAUCACGAUCUUACCAUAUCACGAUCUUACCAUAUCACGAUCUUAACAUAUCACGAUCUUAACAUAUCACGAUCUUAACAUAUCACGAUCUUAACAUAUCACGAUCUUAACAUAUAACGAUCUUAACAUAUCACGGUCUUAACAUAUAACGAUCUUAACAUAUCACGGUCUUAACAUAUCACGGUCUUAACAUAUCACGAUCUUAACAUAUCAAGAUCUUACCAUAUUACGAUCUUAACAUAUCACGAUCUUAACAUAUCACGAUCUUAACAUAUCACGAUCUUACCAUAUCACGAUCUUACCAUAUCACGAUCUUAACAUAUCACGAUCUUACCAUAUCACGAUCUUAACAUAUCACGAUCUUAACAUAUCACGAUCUUAACAUAUCACGAUCUUAACAUAUCACGAUCUUAACAUAUCACGAUCUUAACAUAUCACGAUCUUAACAUAUCACGAUCUUAGCGUAUCACGAUCUAACCAUAUCACGAUUGAUUUCACCAAAAAACUUAAGACCCUUACCUCAUGAUCCUGGAGUUCGCCUCGCACGGGGACCUGAGGAAAUAUUUACAGGACCAGAGGAUGGAGCGGAACUACGCUAACGCGGCAUUCAGCGCCUACGGUGUGAGAACCCC